UUUCAGAAAACAGACAACAGUUGUCAGAAAGCCAGCGAAAGAUAAAGUUUGGAAAUCACUAGAAAAAUCCAACUAUUUUUAGAAAAGCGAAACUUAAGUCGAUUGUCUAGUAAGAAUUGGAAUAAAAAAUGGGAGAUUGCAAACAUAACUCAGCUACUGAGAUAGCAAAACCAAAGAUUAAACAUGAUUGGUAUCAAACAGAGUCACAGGUGGUUAUUACAAUACUUAUUAAAAAUGCUCAAAGCGAUAAAAUAAAAGCAAAUUAUGGUGAGCGGAGUCUCUCAGUAUCUAUUGCAAUGCCAAACACAGAAAUGGAGUAUAGUUUAGAAUUACAGUUAGCUCAUGAAAUAGUACCUACAAUGUGUUCAUAUAUUGUCAGUCCCUCUAAAGUGGAGAUUAAGUUAAGAAAAAAGGAGGGAAUAAGAUGGACCAAUCUGGAAGGAGAAGGCAAGGAAGAGACAGUAAAAACAAUACCCCUAGCUGCCGUGGAUGCACCUCUGCAGCAGCCACCUAAACUAUUCAAAAAAGACUGGGAUAAAAUUGAAAAAGAUAUUAAAAAAAUGGAGGAAGAGGAAAAGCCUGAAGGUGAUGCAGCAUUGAAUGCACUGUUUCAAAAGAUAUAUGGAGAAGGCUCUGACGAAGUGAGACGAGCUAUGAAUAAGAGCUUUAUGGAAUCAGGAGGAACCGUAUUAAGCACAAACUGGAACCAAGUAGGACAGGAAAAGGUGGAUGCUAAACCCCCAGAUGGUCUUGAAUUCAGGAAAUGGGAUAGUUAAAUUUCAAUACAUUGUUUAAAUAUUUAUCCUUGUUACACUAUUUUGAUGCGUACUAAAGUAUUUUUUUUUGAAGUAAACGUAUAUGGUCCAUUACAAAAUGUAUAAACUUUAAGAAAAAUUGAGGUCCAUAUUGUAAUUUGUGCCUCAAGGCAUAAUUUCACCUAAAGCGCUGUCAAAUAUGUCAAACGUCAUAGAAAUUGGUUUGACAGCUCAGCAGCAUAACAUUCUACGAUACGGGCCUAAGUCGGCUGCUCAAUCGAUGUGUGUUAAAAUUUAAGUUUGUGUUUGAGAUUUUUUGACACUAUUUUACAGGUUAAUCGAUUGUUUAUGUGUUCCAAUGACAUUUACGAAUGACGUGAACAGAGUACUAUUUAAAACAGUGUAAUAAGAUUACUUUUUAUAAUAUUCAUAGUCUGUGCAUUAUAAUAUAAAUUCGGCUUAGCAGGAACUUUUCGAUAGUAUCAUCGAGAAAAAAAAUGGUUGUCUGUGAAGUGGGUUUACGCACAACAAUGAACGUGACAACGUCAUAACAAAACAUUGAUUAAAUGUUUACCAAAAAAAUUUACUCAUUUUUAUUGAAUUAUCACUAUUUGCUAAUAAAUUAAUACAUCCUUUAAAUAAUAGUACUUGUCAGAUUCUUAAAUGCAAGAAUAAUUAACCUUUAUUGCCUCAAUUGUUGCUGUGUGCUGCCCCUGUCUUUCUUCUACUCGCACGCAUAGGCCAAUCAAGUGGAAGAGAGAGAUGCGAAACGGGAUAAUGAGUCUUGCUUUAUGUGCGUGCCACCGGCUUUCAUCGGUUUUAUAAUUGAGCUAUUCCUUUAUUGAUAAUUGUAUUAUAAUUGAC